GGAAACAGCAACACAAAGUGCAAAUGCAAUUGGAUUUUGAGAACCUUACUAGAGAAAAUGAUUCUUUGAAGGUCGAGAAUCAGUCACUAAAAGAGGAUAAUGCUUCCAUUAAUCAAACCUUGGCAAAGCAAGCAGCCAUGAUUGAUCAGUUGGGGAGUGAUCUUUUGCAGCUGAAGCAUGACCAUAGCAAACAAAAUGUUCUUUUGGAAACACUUGCACAGUAUCUAGCUGAUCCAUUGCGGCUCGAAAAUGAGAAACUGAAGGCCGAAAAUGCUUCAUUAAGGAAGAAUGCCAAUCUUAAUGGUAACGUACCACAGCUGUUGGCAGAGAAUGCCAGUUUGAAACUUGAAAAUAAGGUACUCAAGGUUCAGAACGAUGCUUUAUGUGGGAAGAUUAUUAGUGACAACGACAAGAAGCGAGCAAGAACAGUAAUCUGAAGUACUGUUUGAAGAUUUGCCGACAGGAAGUGUUCUUUCUUUUGUGCUCAGCUUGUUUAUGCUCUCUACUUCUGGCAUACCUUGGUAUCUAGACCACUUGGUCGGAUCUUCCUUGGAAACUUUUCGUUUUAUAUUUUAUCUUCAACAUUGUCUUCCGCUUUACUCUCUGGAAUUUUGCACCUACCUGCAGCUGACGGUUAAGUCCUUGAAUCUCUGUAUCGUAGUUGCCGGAUUCAGUUGAGGUGGUCUGGUCAUCAAGAUGUUAUUCCACUUUGCUGCUGCUGCAGCUGCCUUGUUGCUACUGAAUAUUCCUUCAUCAGCUAUGGCCAUAGAAUUAGAUUUUGUGUUUAGUGCACCUCUGUUGUAUGUAUACAUCGGUGGUGAAAUUUUCAAACUUCAGUGGACUAAAUCUUCUUUGUUGUCAGUUCUUAGAAAUAUGGCGGUUUCUUUUUAAAUAAGGG